AUGAGAGGUAUGGGAAACACAAUGAUGUCCAAGUUCUUGAAAUAUUGGAAAGACUACAACUUAGUGCUUGCUUUUGGUGUCAUUUUGGAUCCUCGUUACAAGCUUGCAUUUGUCAAAUUUUGCUAUGAAAAGUUGGGCGAAGAGUACACUUUAAAGCCGAAGGCUAUUAUGGAUGAUUUGGAGCUGCUCUUUAAGGAGUACAAAACUCAAUCGUCCACUUUACCUAGUCAAAGUGUGGUGCAUAUGGCAUCUCUGAGUGUUCCUUUGGAUAGCCACACUGAUGUAAUUGCUUCAGAGUCGUCUUUUAGUUUGGGAGGUAGAAUAUUAUCCAAAUGGAGGACUUCCAUUUUGUCUGAUACCCUUGAAGCUGUUAUGACAACUCGUAAUUGGAUGCAUGGAUAUAAAAUGGAUGAGGAUAAUGAAGAUGCAGAAUAUGAUGGAGAAGAACUGAAGCUUGUUGAUUGA